AAUUGGCAAAAGCCGCAAAUCGAAGAAAGGUUUUCUUUUCAGUGUAGUUCGCGUGAACCAACACAAAGACUCAUCAACUAACUCAAAGCGUCCAUUUUUUUUUUUUUUCUGCGGAAUCGAACUCCGGGUGACCGAUCCCGCCCUUGCUUACUUCUCUAUGCAAUGGUGGUCUGCAAAUGCCGCAAGGCGACAAAGUUAUAUUGUUUUGUGCACAAGGUUCCUGUUUGUGGAGAAUGCAUAUGCUUUCCUGAGCACCAAAUAUGCGUGAUUCGUACUUACUCAGAAUGGGUAAUAGAUGGAGAGUAUGACUGGCCUCCCAAGUGUUGCAAAUGCGAAGCUGUGCUUGAGGAGGGGGCUGGCUCUGAAACCACUCGGUUGGGUUGCUUACAUGUCAUACACACAAAUUGCUUGGUUUCACAUAUCAAAAGCUUUCCUCCGCACACUGCCCCCGCUGGCUUUGCAUGUCCUUCAUGUUCUACAUCUAUAUGGCCUCCCAAGAGUGUUAAAGAUUCAGCAUCCCGUCUUCAUUCACUGCUGAAGGAGGCUAUUAUGCAGACUGGCAUGGAGAAGAAUUUGUUUGGAAAUCAUCCUGUUUCUGUGCCUACAAUAGAACCGCGUGGUCCUCCACCUGCAUUUGCUUCAGAUCCACUGAUAAAUGUAUCCUCAACUGGAGGAAGAGAGUAUGAUGGGAAUUCAUCACCCUCUGUGGCAAAAGAUGGACACUCAGCUGUUGGAGGAUCUUCUAAACUUACCGUAACUGAAAUAAUGGAGAUAGAUGGUCCUAGUUCAGCAUACACGAAAACUUCAAGUCCUGUUGCUCCUGUGGCUACAACACGAAAAAGUACAGUUCAUGUUGAUCGACAAAACUCUGAAAUCUCAUAUUAUGCAGAUGAUGAAGAUGGAAAUCGUAAAAAGUAUUCUCGGAGGGGUCCACUUCGUCAUAAGUUUCUUAGAGCAUUGAUUCCCUUCUGGUCAAGUGCAUUACCAACUCUACCGGUGACUGCACCUCCACGUAAAGAUGCAUCAAUUGCAGAUGAUGUCCCAGAGGGUAGGUUGAAGCAUCAAAGAUCAACACGGAUGGAUCCAAGAAAAAUCCUUCUUCUCAUAGCAAUCAUGGCCUGCAUGGCUACUAUGGGUAUUCUGUAUUACAGAAUUGCACAAAGGGCCCUUGGCAAUGGACUAGCCGAUGACGAGCAGCAGUAACUAUUUAAAAUUGUGAUGAAAUUGGAGGACAUUAUGUUUCUUGCUUCUACAAAUCAUGUUGGUUAUUGCUAUUGCUGCUACUAUACCUGCCUUUUUCUCUGCUCAGCCCCAUCUUAUCUUUGCCCUGCAAAGAGCAUUGGUGGAAAACACAAGUAGAUUGCGGAGAAUUCAUCACCCAUUCGCCCCACCUUUUAAAAUUUUUUUAUUUGGUGUGGAUACAAAAAAAAAAAAAAAUCUAUUUAGUGAAGUUAAAACUGAAAGUUACAUAGCUUUUCUUGGCCUUUUUCUGACCUGUUUUUUUUUUUUUUAACGUUUGCCCCCUGUUUUGGAGUUGAAAUGAAUAACAUUUUAAAGGCGAAAAUGUUUUGUUUGAACGGAGUUAAUUUGUAAUUAUCGGUUAAGUUAAAAUUCCUUAAUCCAGUGGAUUAGAUCUCUGAAUUAUUAUUAAGCUAAAAUUAUGGUCGUUGGGUAUUGUUUCAAACAAUUAGGUAAGUUGGUGUCCUUUGUGCUUAGUCCUUUAAUAAUGAACACUGAACUCCGUUUCUUAAAUAAUUACGAUUUGUCCCCUUAAAUAUGUGACAAAUUAUAAUUAGUCUUCCAUUAUUCCAAUUAGAUUUUUAUAAAAACGUCAGUUAUAAAACAACUUAAAAAUUGCU